AUGAUGCUUGACAUAAUCACCCUAGGUCUUAUCGCUGCUCAACUAGUUCAAAGUGCCAGAAUCCCAGGUUCAGCUCAAUUCCAAUACAUCAAAGGUCUAACACCUCGUGAUAACUCCAAUAACAAAUGUCCUGUGGAUAUCCCAUUAUCAUGUACUGAUGAUUCUGCAAAGAGUAAUUCAUGUUGUUAUGAAUAUCCAGGUGGUAUUAUCUUACAAACUCAAUUUUGGGAUUAUUCUCCAGCAACUGGUCCAGAUGAUGUUUUCACAUUACAUGGAUUAUGGCCAGAUAAUUGUUCUAAAGAUGGUUCAUAUCAACAAAAUUGUAACUCUAAGCUAAACGUUGGUGAUGUUGCUUCAGUUUUAAAAUCAUUUGGUGAAGAUGAAUUAUUAACCAAAAUGCAAACAAAUUGGAAAAACUUGGGUGGUAAUGAUGCAAAUCUUUGGAAACAUGAAUUUAAUAAACAUGGUACAUGUGUUAAUACUAUAAAUCCAUCAUGUUAUGGUGAUGAUUUCAAAACAAAUCAAAAUGUUGUUGAUUAUUUCAAAAUUGCUUAUAACUUGUAUGAAAAAUUACCAACUUAUAAAUGGUUAACAGAAGCUGGUAUAACACCAUCAACAGAUAAAACAUAUACCAAAGAAGAGAUCUUAAAAGUUUUAACUGAUAAAUUUGGUUCAGAACCUUAUAUCGGUUGUGAUUCCAAAAAUGCUCUUAAUGAAGUUUGGUAUUUCCAUCAAUUAAAAGGUUCAUUAUUAGGUGAAAAUUUCCAACAUAUUGAUUCUUUUUCAAAUUCAAAAUGUCCAUCAACAGGUAUUAAAUUCACACCAAAAGGUUCUAAUUCACCAUCUCCAACAAAAUCAUCCAAUCCUUCAAAACCAACUGGUGAUUCAAGUCGUGGAUUUGUUAAAUUAUCAAAUCAAGAUGGUUGUUUAAUUAAAAAUGGGAAAUGGUAUGUUAGUGGAACUUGUGCAACUUAUACAUUGGAAAAAUUAGACCAAGGUGUUAAAUUAAGAUCUAAUGGUGGUUAUUGUAAUGUUGAUAGUACUAAAGUUUUAAGUUGUACCAAGUCAAAUGAUGGUUCAAUUUUCCAAAUUGAUUCUAGUUCUAAAAUCUUAUCAAUUGAUGGUCAAAAUGAAUGGAAUGCUGAUCAUGUUCCUUCUAGUAAUGAGCAAGUUGAAAUUAAUGCUAAUGGUGAUGGUUCAAUCAAAUUUAACUUAACUUUUGAAUAA